UUGCAAUGUCAGGCUUUGAUAACCUCAACACAGAUUUCUACCAGACCAGUUACAGCAUCGAGGACCAAUCACAGCAGUCCUACGAUUAUGGCGGAAGUGGAGGACCCUAUAGCAAGCAGUAUGGUGGCUAUGACUACUCGCAGCAAGGCCGAUUUGUCCCUCCAGACAUGAUGCAACCACAGCAACCGUACACUGGGCAGAUUUUCCAACCAACUCAGGCAUUCACUCCAACUACACCUCAGUCAUUCUAUGGAAACAACUUUGAGGAUGAACCACCUUUACUAGAAGAGUUAGGUAUCAAUUUUGAUCACAUCUGGCAGAAAACACUUACAGUGUUACACCCGUUAAAAGUAGCAGAUGGCAGCAUCAUGAAUGAGACUGAUUUGGCAGGACCAAUGGUUUUUUGCCUUGCCUUUGGAGCCACUUUGUUACUGGCCGGGAAAAUCCAGUUUGGUUAUGUAUAUGGGAUCAGUGCAAUUGGAUGUCUAGGAAUGUUUUGUUUGUUAAACUUAAUGAGCAUGACAGGUGUUUCAUUUGGUUGUGUGGCAAGUGUCCUUGGAUAUUGUCUUCUUCCCAUGAUCCUACUUUCCAGCUUUGCAGUAAUAUUUUCUUUGCAAGGAAUGGUUGGAAUCAUUCUCACUGCUGGAAUUAUUGGAUGGUGUAGUUUUUCUGCUUCCAAAAUUUUUAUUUCUGCAUUAGCCAUGGAAGGACAACAACUUCUAGUAGCAUAUCCUUGUGCUUUGUUGUAUGGAGUCUUUGCCCUAAUUUCCGUCUUUUGAACUGAAUUUGUCUCGGAUAUGGACAUCAGUGGGCCAAAUACACAAAAAGGACCUUGAACUCUUAAAACGGACCAGCAAACUGCUACAGUCCUACUCUCAUGCAGAUGUAACAUUUGACCAUUGGAGCAGUGGAUGUAAACAAGUAUCGUUUGUUCAUUUUUAUAGAACUUUUGAAUACUUUAUUGGAUUUACCAGUGUGACUAGCUUUAAGUGUUCAUGCUCAUAAAAUAAGAUGUGUUAUUUCUUUCUUGUUCCUGUAGCCUUUAGAAAUACAGCUUUUUUUCUUAUAAAUUAUAUUAUAAUGUUUUUGAUAGGUUUUUAUCACCUCUGAAAAACUAACCACAGAGCUGGUAAUAUUUCUUAAAAAAACAACCCAAUCAUAGUGAAGAAGAUACAAGAC